AUGGCAGCAGCCCACCGUCUGCUGUACCGAGGGGCGCUUUCUCUUCCCGACUCCCAUCUCCUUCUCGACGGCCUCAGCUUCACCGCCACCAUUGCCGAUGGUGCAGAUCUCUUCAAUAACCCACUCGCCCUCGCCCUGGAGAGUAUGCGAGGAAGGCCAAGUCUGCACUUCUUGGGAACGACCACGCUGAAGAAUGUCUAUCUGGAUUUUGUCGGCAAUGUUAGCGUAGACAUCCAUCCUCUGUCUACAAUCACUAGAAUAUGCUUUGAGAACAUACUUUGCUCAAUACCUAUCACAUCCGCUAAUAGGAAGACCGACCAUGGUAUCCGUGUCAGCCUGAGCGAUAGCAGCGAUGUAGGAACAACCGACAUCCUGAUCUAUGGGCAACUGAAAGCUGCAGAAGACCCAUCCGACGAACCCGUACCAUCAACCUCCACCUCAACACCGACGACACUGCACCUCCUCGCGGCGCGCAUCCUCCCGACGCCCCCUCCAGCAGUGCGCCCGCCCCGCCCCGACGACCCGACUCCGCGUAAACCACCCCCAUUAUUUGGCGCGAAGCGGAAACGCGAGCCGUCCGGACUGAGGUUCGAACUUGGAGACUCCGCCAAGCGGAGCAAAGCGUCGCAUGCGAAGGGGAAGGGGCCCUCAGACGGGGCCCUGGAAGAUGAUGAGGAUGCGCUGGAGAGGGCACGGGAGGUUAUGCUGCAUAUGCCUAGGUCGGGGCCGAGUCGUGCUGGACCGGGGAAGUCGGUAAGGACGCUCGGGAGGGACGCGCGAGUGGCAAAGAGGGAUGGCGAAUUUAAGGUGCCGAUGCUGCCUGCGAGGUUGACCCCGUUGCCCAGCGAGCCACAAAGCUCGACUGCAGGAAGAAGUGGGCACACGGUGGAUGGGAAGCAUCGUGCUGGUGGUGUGCUGGAGACGUCGUCUCCUGAGGACGUCGAGAAAGCCAACAAGGCUACGGUGAAGAGAGCCGCCGUGCGAUGUCUCGCCGAUCACGGAAUAGGCAAAGACCACGACGAGUUCAACGAACUGUUCCAGAUGAUCUAUCGGGGCACCUCUUUUGCUUUGAGAAGUCUCAUGCGGCCUCAGGAAUAUGUAGACCUCUCACAGCCUCUCAAUGCAAACGUCCACGUCUACCCCGGCGACCCGCAAUACUCCUGCUGCCCUGCCCUCACUCUCUCAAAGGACGGCGUGAACGUCCAGGCGAUCUCCAUGGGCUCUCACACAGGCACCCACGUCGAUGCCCCGUACCACUUCAUCGCAGACGGCACGCGCAUAGACCAGAUCGGCUUAGAGCGGUUCGUCGGGCCUGCGCUCGUCGUGGACCUGACUGCCAAGCGUGCAAAGGAGAAGAUCGUAUGGGCGGACCUCACGCCGUAUGAAAGCGAAAUGCGCCGGCGUUCAGGCGAGGGAGGUAGCAUAAUACUGCUGCUCCGCACGGGGUGGUCGCGCUACUGGGGGACGGAGACGUACUUGGAGCACCCCUUCCUCGAUGAGCGUGCCGCACAGGGGAUUGUGAACGCUGGCGUACGGGUGCUGGGCGUGGACACGCUCAGUCCGGACGAGACGAGCCAUGAGGCGGAUUUCGCGGCGCAUAGGGUUGUGCUGGGUGCGGGGGGUAUUAUUGCGGAGAACUUGAAUCAUCUGGAGGCGAUCCAGGAGGGAGAGUGGAUCGUUAAUCUAGUCCCGCUCAAGCUUGAGGGGUGCGACGGCUCGCCUGUGCGUGCGUUUGCGUGGAGACAUGUGCGCUCUUGA